AAAGACCAAAAAGUGACUUUACAAGAACAUGGAAGCGGUUGUCUCCCUAGGCUCUUAGGGUUAGUUUGCGCAGCUUUCGUUUCACACCGCCGAAUCUCAUUCAAGGCGGCGUGUCUUUUCUUUGUUUGCUGGUAGCUUGUGCAGAUUUGUGGGUUUGGACUACAGACGUUGAGCAGAUAUAAUUGGCGCUAGUUUUCUUUGUCGAACCUAUUCAUCGGCGCUAUUUGACAGGUGUGGAUAAAAUGGAGAUGGAAGACAUCGAUAAAAAGUACAAAGAGAUGGCCAUCGGGGAACAAGAGGAGGAGAGUUUUUGAGGAGGAUGCUACCGAGGAAGAGGGAAGUUUGGCUAACCAGGAAAUCUACCCAGUGGUGGGAACGGUUCUCACGGACAAGAUGGUGAAAUUUCCGGUGCUCAGGGAUCUCAUGGCUUCAAUAUGGAGACCGGGUAAAGCUAUUUCCAUCAAAGAAAUUGGAGAAAAAAGGUACAUGUUCCCUCUCUAUCAUGCUAUCGAUAUGGAACAUGUUAUAUAUUCGUGGUAGACCAUUGAUUUUCGAGCAGAACCUAUUGAUUCUGAGGGCGCUUAGUCCAGGUGAUGUGCCGCUGCAGGUCCCUCUAAACGAGGCAGAGUUUUGGGUGCAGGUACAUAAUGUACCGUAUGGUUUUAUGAACAUUGGGACAGCGCGGAGAAUAGGGAAUUCCAUUGGAAAAUUUAUUAGUUUUGACGAAAACCAACUCGAGGAAAAGUGGAGAUCCUAUAUGAGAAUUAGAGUUAAUAUGGAUGUAGGGAAACCGUUCAAAGUUGGCACGACUCUCACGAAGGGGCCGGGCACGGGACACUGGGUUGAUUUUAAGUAUGAGAAAUUGCCUAGCUUUUGUUUUGUCAGUGGUAUCAUAAGGCACGCUGAUAGGUAUUGUCCCCUGGUCUACGAACAUAAGAGCGGGGAACUAGCUAAGCCCUAUGGCGUAGGUCUUCGUGCGGGGGGAGGGGGUAAAGCUCGCUCAAUGAGCGGGAAUAAAUGGAUAGUGCCCGAAGGAUCGGUGGGCGGUCGUGGAGGGUUUCAGAGUGCGGGAAUUGGAAGGAUUGGGACAGGAAGGCAGAGCUGUGUUCUCAUAGUGGCGGGAGAUAACACGAUCUGCAAUGAGGAGGAGGAAACAUCAGUUGAGAAGGAAAUCACUGGCAAGCAGAAACGCAAGAGGACAUGGGAGGAGGAAAAGGACGAGGAAGUAAGGGGAGACAAAAUGGCACUUGAUGUCCCAAAAAAUGGAGAUGGGGCGGGUCCAGGCUAUUCGACCCGCCGAGAGAUGGGAAGAUGGACCUAGCUUUUAAGGCUCGGGGAAAGCUCCUUGGAGUGCUGAGGAACCUACCCCAUUUUAUUGUAUCAAUUUUGCAAUCAACGAUUCGACCAUGCAAACUCGAAAUCAUUUUCUUUGGAUAAAUAAACAGAUUACUCGAUUGAUUUCCGCAUUGAUCAUGUUAUAUAUCAUAACUCGGACAUCCA